AUGGUCUUGCUGAAGAACGCCAUCGAAUUCAACAAUAUUGACUCUCUCCAAUCGAUCUUCUCUUCCAGUUUCACUUAUGACACUUGCGAAGGAGUUCUCAACUAUGGUUUGUGCACGGAUCAUGAACGUGUGAAAGUGAACAAUACUUUCAGACAAGUUCCUGGAGAACCUGAGAAUCCUGUCGACUCCUCCAUUGGCAAUCUCUACAGACGUAAGUACGGAAACUUCGGGAACCGUCAAAAUGUUUCCAAAGUUUCAGUGGUCCGUUCGAGAUGCUCAGCUCGUCAAUGAGGCCGUUCAUUUCAAAAUUCACUACAACGAUCAGAAGCCGAUCGCCUACGCGGAUAUUGAUUUUGAAGCCAAUGUGGUAGGUCUCCGUUUCAAUAUAAUUUGUACUCUUCUGCUCAUUUUCAGCUGGCUAACGGGUAUUUUGGUUUGACAAAAGGAAAGUCAUCGGCUUGCUAA